GGUGCGGGCACGGGCCCCCUCCCCCCCGCGGGGUGGCCCUCCGCUGCCAUGGCCGGCCGAGCCUGCGGCCACCUGAACGAGGACAACGCGCGCUUCCUGCUGCUGGCCGGGCUCAUCGUGCUCUACCUGCUGGCCGGCGCCGCCGUCUUCUCCGCGCUGGAGCUGGCUCACGAGCUGCAGGCCAAGCAGCGCUGGGAGGAGCGCCUGGCCGACUUCAGCCGCGGCCACAACCUGAGCCGCGAAGAGCUGCGGGGCUUCCUCCGCCACUACGAGGAAGCCACCAGGGCGGGCGUCCGCGUGGACAGCGUGCGCCCUCGCUGGGACUUCACGGGCGCCUUUUACUUCGUGGGCACGGUGGUCUCCACCAUAGGGUUCGGGAUGACAACACCAGCCACAAUCGGAGGGAAGAUUUUUCUGAUCUUUUAUGGUCUCAUUGGAUGUGCAAGUACCAUCCUCUUCUUCAACCUCUUCCUGGAGCGGCUGAUCACCGUCAUCGCCUAUGUCAUGAGGUCCUGUCACCAGCAUCAGCUGCGGAGACGCAGGAUGGUGACCCAGGACAACAUGAAGGCCCCCGAAAAGGGCGAGGUGGAUAACCUAGCUGGCUGGAAACCCUCUGUGUACUACGUCAUGCUGAUCCUCUGCUUGGCAUCAGUGGCCAUCUCCUGCGGAGCCUCGGCUCUGUACACCACCAUGGAAGGCUGGAGCUACUUUGAUUCACUGUACUUUUGCUUUGUGGCUUUCAGCACCAUUGGCUUUGGGGACCUGGUGAGCAGCCAGAAUGCUCAGUAUGAGAGACAAGGACUCUACCGCUUUGCCAACUUCUUCUUCAUCCUCAUGGGGGUCUGCUGCAUCUACUCCUUGUUUAACGUCAUCUCCAUCCUGAUCAAACAGACUGUGAACUGGAUCCUGAGGAAACUGGAUAGCGGGUGCCUCCCCCAAUGCCAAAGAGGACUCCUGCGGUCCAGGAGGAACGUGGUGAUGCCUGGCAACGUCCGGAACAGAUGCAACAUCUCCAUAGAGACGGAUGGGGUGAUGGAAAGUGACGCUGAUGGGCGGCGUCUCUCAGGGGAGAUGAUCUCCAUGAAGGACACCAACAAGGUCUCCCUGGCCAUCCUGCAGAAGCAGUUGUCCGAGAUGGCCAAUGGUGGACCCCACCAGGCCAACACAUCCUCCCGGGAAGAUGAGUUCUCAGGGGGUGUGGGAGCCUUUGCAGUAAUGAACAACAGGUUGGCAGAGACCAGCGGAGACAGGUAGGAACCAGGAAGUAGCUGACAGAGGAAGACACCCAGGGGCAAGUGGAGAAUAAGACACUGUCACAACCCCAGCGAACUUGGCUAUGUCCCUGGCUGUUGCAAUUAGCUUCUCAAGUUCAGCUUUGGAAAUCUGACCUUGGCCUCAGGAAACAGUGACCGUCAUGGUCCAUCAAUUGGGGAGGAAAGCCCCCAGGAGCCUAAUUCUAGCCUGAAACUGUGAAUGGCUGAACUCACUCCUUCUCCCAGCCCCUCAAGAAAAGGAAAUGGAUAUUCCAGAAUGUAGCAGGGCCUUCUUUUUGCUGGGUUUCCUUCCAAGCUUAUUUAUUGUUGGUUUCAUUGAUGGGGAAACCAUCUAAUCUACUCUUUAUAGCUGCUGCUGGGUUUGGGAGUCUGUUGGGUUGGUUGGUUGGUUGGUUUGGUUUGGUUUCCUGUUUGACAAAUGCACCUUUCUUAUGUGAUAAGAAAACUAAAUGCUUCUCAAAGCCUUUAACUGCAGCAAGACAGCAGUAAGAGAUGAGAGCAACUCCCUUUUGUAACUAAAGCCCACAGCUUAAUGUGUUUGUUCUCUCUGAAUGGUUACACGGACUCUGUCUUUUUACCAGGGCUCAUGGCCUGUUGUAGAGGCAACUAUUUAUUAGA